AUGUUAUUCUCCAUAUUUUCAGCACCAAAGUUUGCUUUGAAGGAGCCUUCAAUCCGUGAUAUAUCACAGAAUAUUGUACACCUGACGUGGACACCAGCAGAGAUCCCAGACAGUGCCGAGAGUAUAUCAUACAUGGUAGAGAUGCAGACGCCACCAGGAAUCUCUACUUGGAGUGUACUUCACAGAAAGCACCCGUCACCCAGUGUACGUCUUGCUGACCUCAGACCUGAUUUAGACUAUCUGGUACGAGUGAGAGCACAGUGUGGUUCCUACCGCAGUGAACCUACACAUCCUGUCUAUAUACCAAGACGUGCAGCUCCACCAAGACUGCCAGUAGAGGAGCCGUAUGCUGUGGACAUUAACUCAGACUAUGUGAAACUACAAUGGAGAUCAGCUGACCUACCAACACAUAUACAAGAUUACGCACCAGUUACAUACAGACUGGAAGCACAAGAAUUCCCUGAUACUAACUGGGUCACUAUCGCACGUGGCAUCCCACACACUGACUUCAAGGUGACAGGUUUGAACCCACAGAGGGACUAUAAUUUCAGAAUAAGAGCAGAAAAUGAGUACGGGUUGAGUGACCCAACACACCCAAUGUUGAUAAGGAAAAGAUCAGACUUGUCGGAAGAUCAAUACCUUAUUAGAGCAAAAGAAACAGAAGCUACAAAUAGUCUUGUAGUUGCAUCAGCUGAUGAGAUCAACAUGGCGUCAUCGGAAAAUGAAUCAUUUCUUAUUGAAAAUUGUCAAAUGGUUCAACACGAUGGAACUGGACUAAUAGGAAACAAAAAUAUUACUGGGGAAAUAAAUGAUAUUUCUGAUAGUAAAAUGAAAGAAGGUGUUAAAGAAUUAAUUGACAAAGAAAAUGUUAAAGAAUUACAAACGAACAAAGUCGUAGAAAAGGAGGAUGAAGUAUCUGAACAAGAAAUAUCACCACAAACAGCAAAGACGGAAUCUGCAGUUAUAGAUCUUGACAAAUUAGAUAAUGUUACUUUUAAAGAAAGCGAACAAGAAGUGUCUGAACAACAAGUAAUUCCAGAGUAUUUGAAGAAAGAAAGUGAAGUCCCUGGCAUUGAAAAACUUUGUACUGUUGAAAAAGCUAUGGAUGUGUCGAUAAAGACAAUGCAAAACAAUGCAUAUUCAAAUGAAGUGAAUGAAGAAUACAUAAUUCCGGAGAGCGCAAAUAAAGAUAAGGCUACACCUGAUAUAAUUGAGGAUAAACAAUUGGUGGAAGAGAUACGUGCACCAAAGGAAGGCAAAUCUGAGCCUACAGUAGAAGUUUUAUCAGAUGACACAAAUGUACAGGUGACAGAGGGCAUUCCAGUAAAACUCCGUUGGAAAAUCAGAGGUAUAGCACUUUCGAACGUGAACAUUUAUAAAGGUGGGCAGAAAGUUGAGACGAGUGGCAGCAUCCAUGUAGAUAUUUCGGACGACGUAAUUUCGCUGAUUAUUGACAACGUCACUAUUACUGAUGAAGCAGUCUACUCUGUAAGAAUACAAGAAUCAGAGAGAGACUAUGGUGAAGUUAGAUUGAAAGUCGACACUUCUGUCAGUACUGAAGGAAAGGAGAGUGCUGCGCCAGAGGAGCCACAGUUUGUUGUAGAGCCAGUUGUGGAUGUGGAGGAUGGGAGGAGGUUGUCUAUCAAGUGUUCUGUUACUGGAUUUCCUGCACCAGAAGUCACUUGGUAUCACCAUGGGAAACAACUGGAUCAAGAUGCAUUAUGGGACAUUUACAGCAAAGAUGGCUACAACUACCUUGGUGUGGGUGACCCAUCUGUACUGAACUGUGAAGAGAUUGUAUGCCGGGUAGAAAAUGACCUUGGAUAUGUACAGAGAGUAGUUCGUGUGAAAAGUGAUGGAGAGGAAGUAUACUGUGAACCAGUUUUGCCACCAGUAAGUCCAGAGCCAUCAGAGGUUACAGAAUCAUCUCCUAGCAUAAAAAUAGAGAUUUCGGAAAUAGUCACUGCCAACUUAAGAAAACUUCCACUGGCCAAUGAUUAUACAGACAGGUUAAAUUUCGUUACCUUAAAUGCUGGUGAUGUUGUGGAAGUUCUUGCCUAUGAGACAGAAGGAACAGUCCUUGCCAGGAACAUGCCUCACAAGGAUAAGGUGUGUUACAUCCCUGUGGAAGUGUUGACUGUCAGUGGUGACGUAAGCAGCCAGGUAUGUGAGAACGCAGCAAUCAAAAAUAACACCCAGCUUACAGAACAACAAUUAUACCAGAAUAAAGAAGAGGCAACCAUGCCUGAGAGACGUAAAAUGAAGUCGCCCAGUCCGAAGAUGACGAGUACGCCCAAGAUGAAGCGUAAAGAAAUGGACACAGAAUCAACCGAGGAACUACAGAAAAGACUGGGCUUCAGUGAUAACUUGGCACAAAAGAAAGAAUUUUCGACGAAAGAUUUGGUUGAGUUCACAGAAUACAAUGAUGGCACAACAAGACCAGUGUUCAAAAAGAGACUUAAAAGUGUUACAGCUAAAUCUGGAGAAAUGGCUCAGCUUGAAUGCACAGUUUCGGGUUCCCCACUUCCCAAGAUCCUCUGGCUGAAAAACAACCGGCCAUUGAAAGCUUGCGAUGGUUGUAAAGUGAUUGUUGAUGAAGGCACAAAUAUUCUGGUGUUCCCACAAGCAAGAGAAGAGGAUGUUGGGAUAUAUACAGCCAGAGCAAUGAACGUGAACGGAUCAAUUAUGUGCUCAGCUGAGUUCACAUUGUCUGAUGGUAGGGGACUACCAGCCCAGCCAGUUACAGACAGCCCAAUGGACAUGGAUUUUACAACACCCGCAUACUUCUUCCAGAUGUCAAGCUGUGAGGUGGCAGAGGGGAGACUGGCUAGAUUUGACUGCAGGGUUGUUGCUUACCCUAAACCAGAAAUUGUCUGGAUGAGAGAUGGAAAAGUGGUAGAAGCCGAGCAACGCUUUAAGCUGCUAAACUUUAACAAUGAGAUUUAUUCCCUGCUUAUACAAGAUGUACGUAUUGAAGAUACUGGACGCUACACAUGCUGGGCCAGGAACAAAUUUGGCGAGGCUAUGACAGAAGCUUAUUUAAAUGUCAUAGCAUUAACAGAGCAAGAACCAGAAGGUGACAUAGCACCAAAAUUUCUCACCAGAUUCUAUGACCAACAAACCACAGAGGGCACUGCUACAGACUUCAAAUGUUUGAUAGCGGGACGUCCUGAACCGAGUGUAACAUGGCUGUUAGAUGAUCUUGAGAUUCGUGAGGAAAAGGGGGUGAAAAUGAGACGUAAAGAUGGGGUGGUCAGUCUGGAAAUAAAAUCACCAAAAGUGGACCAGUCUGGAACAUAUACAUGUCAACUUAAUAAUCCACUUGGGGAGGCAACGUGCAGUGCACGAUUAACAGUGGUUGAGGACAAGCUGCACGGGAAAAUGCUGCCAAAAUUCUUGAAGAAAUUUGAUCAUGUGACAGUGAAGGAAGGAGAAGAGGCGAGGUUUACUAGUGUGAUUGUUGGUGAACCAAGACCUGAUGUGACAUGGCUGUUUGAUCAUAAACCAAUCUCUGACACAAACAGAAGGUUUCAGGUUAAGAAGGAAGGAGAUGCCUAUACUCUCAUUAUCAAGAACGUCAGAUUUGACGAUGGUGGUAAAAUCACGUGCAAAGCUUCAAACGAGGAAGGCGAGGUGUACUGCAGUGCUAACUUGCAUGUGCGUGAGAGUAAAUACAUGAGAGAUAUGCCAGAACAGACUGGUGUAAAGGGCCAGGAUGAAACAGAUUCUAAAUUUGGCUACAUACCAACCUUUACAAAGCGUCUGCAGGAUCUGGAGGUCAAAGAAGGAGCAAAGGCAACAUUUGAAUGCAAGGUCAUGGGCAUCCCAGAUCCCGAGAUUUCAUGGAUGAAAGAUGGCAGAGUGAUUUCCCCUAGUGGGAGGUACCACAUGACUUUGCAAGGCGGGACAGGUCAGCUUGUGAUUGACAAUGUGACAGCUGCAGAUACGGGAGUUUACACGUGUAUUGUAUCUAACUCACAAGGAAAAUCCUCCUCCACAGCUGCCUUGAAACUUGAAGAACCAAAGAAGGAGAGAUACACGCCUGACAGGCUUCUUGAAGAAAGGACUUCAAGAAAAGAGAGAUAUACUCCAGAUAAAUAUUUGCUGGAUGAUUCAACCUCUGCAAAACGUCCGUACCUGGAUACCGAUAGAUACGACAAGUACGACAAAUAUGAUGCAAAAGUCAAGAAAAGCUAUGAAAGCCCGCUGGCUUCUACAAAACUUGAAGAGAGUUACGUGCCUCGCUCAAAGAAGAAGUAUGACAGCCCAAAGAGUUCAUACGAUAGCUUUAAGCCUAAGUUUGACACCUCGUACGAAAGCCCAAAACUGUCGUAUGAAAGCCCACUGAAACAGUAUGACAGUGCUUACACCAGGCUUGAAAGUCCAGUUAGACAAUAUGAUAUGUAUAAAAGGUACGAAAGUCCAAUUCGUCAGUAUGAGGGGGUGUCUACAAGGUACGAAAGUCCAAUUCGCCAGUAUGAGGGAAUAUCUACCAAGUAUGAAAGUCCUGUUCGACCAUAUGAAAGUAUUUCGACAAGGUACGAAAGUCCAGUUCGACAGUAUGAAGGAAUAUCCACAAAAUAUGAAAGUCCUGUUCGACCUUACGAAGGUAUUUCAACAAGGUACGAAAGUCCAGUUCGUAUGUAUGACACACCAAGGAGUUUGUACGAGAGUCCUAGAAGACGAUCUUCAGUAGGUAGAGAAGAAAAAAUUAAAGCUAUACCAAAAAUACCUUUUGAUAGGCCAGCAUUGUUGAACAAGCGUGAAGACUCAGUGCAACUUUCCUGGCUCCCGGCACCAACUUAUGACCUUCCUGAUGAUGCUAGACACAUUUCGUACGUUGUCGAAUCUCGAGAAGUGCCCAGCCGAGACUGGACAAAGGUGGCAUCUUCUGUGCCCGGCACUUCAUACACAGUCAGGCAUCUGAGACCAGACAAAGAAUAUGAAUUCCGUGUGCGAGCCCAGAAUCAACAUGGCGCUAGCGAACCUACUUGGAAUGCCACGCUUGAUAAAAGAGUUGAUGAAACUAGCAAACAGUUGGAUUUGCCCGAAAUGCGGGCUCCGCCCAGAUUGCCUACACAUCGACCAAUCAUUACUGAUUUAGGGGAGGAGACUUUGAGGUUGGCAUGGCGACCAGUGGAGACAUACCAGUCAAAGAGAACACCCCCAGUAUCAUACAGACUGGAAGCUAAAGAGCUUCCUGGAAAAGACUGGAUGCCUCUGUCAAGUCGCCUCCGAGACACAACCCACUAUUUGUCUGAGCUUCCACAUGACAGAGAUUACAUGAUCAGGGUGAGAGCAGAGAAUGAUUUUGGUAUCAGUGAACCAACAGAACCGCUGUGGCUUCCCAGGGCUACAGCAUUCCCCGGUGUUCCUGUUACCCGGCCAGAGAUCAUUGACUAUGAGGAUACUAGAGCCAAGUUGUCCUGGUCACGUGUUGAUAUACCUGCAUUUGGAAUGGAUGAUGCUCCACUUCUCUACAUGCUAGAGGUUGAAGAACCACCACACAAAGAUUGGAGAACCAUUGCCAGAGAUUUAGAUGACACUGAGUACAUUGUCGAGGGUUUGAGACCAGGUCAUGACUAUAGGUUUAGGGUCCGAGCCAAGACACCAACCGGUAUAGUCAGUGAGCCAUCACCUGCAGUGUCACUCUACACAAAACUUGCCCAGACCAGGGCACCAGUUGACAGACUGGAAGUGUUAGAGUAUGAGCCAGAUACCAGAAGUGUGAAUUUGUCAUGGGACCGUGUAGAUAUUCCCCCAUACAAUAUAGAUGAAGAACCAUUGAUGUACAUGUUGGAAUACCAGGAACCACCGCUGCCUGAGUGGAGAACACUUAUUACAGGAAUACCCACUACCAGAUACAGAGUGAUGCACCUUGACAGAGAAAGGGACUACAAUUUCAGGGUUCGAGCUCUGACACCUUACGGAGUCAGCCCACCCUCCCCAGCUUUGCCUGUAACCAUGAGGCAGACACCAGUUCAGCACUCGGUACCUGUUGCAAGGACAGAGGUCUGGGAGGAGGAGCCAAGUUCUGUGAGACUUCGAUGGCACCGAGCCUACAUCCCACGUUAUUAUAGUUCUACACCACUUAGUUACAGGUGA